AUGCAGAGCGGCACGAAGGGACGGCGAACAGGGGCCGUGCGUGCCCGACCCGAUCAGCCGAGCCAGGCCGCGUGGAGCACGCGGCCGAGGGCCAGCACGGGCCGCGGGCAGCCAGCGGCGGCCGCCGCGUGGGCUCAGGUCCGUCGCCGGAGCAGCGGAUGCUGGGGCACCUGGAGCAGCGGGAAUUCACCCGCGCGCUGAACAUAUACCGGUCCCUUGAGCGCGACGGGUCCGGCCGGGCUUUCGGCGAAGAUCUGUAUUCCGCGUUCAUUCAGUCGGCCGUGCGCGUUGGGAAACUGGACGUGGUCGAGCGCAUGCUGUCGGACAUGAGGCGCUCCGGUGCGCCCGUCACGCUGGGCUUUUGGCAGACGACGCUGAGGAUGCUGUCGAGCAGAAAGCACUUUGGCACCUGCCUCUCGGCGCACGAGGCCUUCGGCGACCUGGUCCCCCAGGACAGGGUCGUGUACUCCUGCCUCAUCAACGCCGCGCUCGAGGCGGGCGCUCCGGAGCGGGCGGCGGCGAUGCUGCCGAAGUACGCCGGGGCCGACCUGGACACCAAGGACCACGUGCUCAUCUUCCGCGUCUUCGCGGCCCUGGGGGACGUGGACGCCGCCGAGGCGGCGUUCCGACGCCUCGGCGGCAGAGCCAGCAGCAUGAUGCUCAACCUCCUGCUGCUGGCCUGCGCCAAGGCGGGGCAGCCCGAGCGGGCUGCCCUCGUCAUCCGGGACGCGCACGGCCUCGAGAAGGGCCAGGAGGAGCGGAUUGUCGACGUGGUGUCCUACAACACGGCGCUCAAGGGAUUUGCCCGGGCCGGCUCGGUCGAGGAGUGCUGCAGGUGCUUCCGCGCCCUGGUCGAGCACGGGCUGGAGCCCGACGGGAUCACCUUCUCUGCGCUCCUGGACGCGUGCGUCGAGUGCAGCAGCGUGAGUUCGACCAAGGCCACAGUGGACGCGCUGCUGAGCAUCGGGCGCGAACGGUCUCAGAGCGUGUGCGUCAUGCUCCUCAGGACCCUCGCGAGGGCCAGUCGCUUCACGGAGGCCAUGGAGCUCUACGACCACAUGAAGUCGAACGGCCUGGCGCCCUCGGACGUCGCGACGUCCUCCGUGAUGAUCAGGGCGCUCGUGGACCAGCACGACCUGGAGAAGGCGCUGCAGCUGCUCGAAGACCUGAAGGCCGCUGGCCUCAGCCCAGACGACAUCAUCCUGACGCACCUCCUCGAGGGCUGCCGCCACGCGGGCGACCACGCGCUGGGGAAGCGGCUCUUCGCGGAGCUGGUCGGCGGUGGCCUGAGGCCCUCGGAGAUCACGCUCGUCGCGAUGCUCAAACUCCAUGGCCGCUGCGGUGCCCACGAGGAGGCCUACGACCUGGUGGCGGGCUGGAAGGCCAGGCACGGCGCGGCGCCGACGGUCAUCCACUACACCUGCCUCGUGAGCGGCUGCCUGCGCACCAGGAGCUACGACCAGGCCUGGGCCGCGUACGAGCUGAUGCGCUCCAGCGGCGUGGCCCCCGACGUGACCACCCUGUCCACCCUGCUGCCCGGCAUGGCGGCCUCGCAGCGGUGGGACCGCGUGCUCGAGGCCGCGGACGCGGCGCUCCAGAGCACCCCGCCUCUCCGGGUACCCUCCGAGAUCCUGGGCAGCGCGCUGUCGAAGAUGGUUGCUGGCGGGGCGCCCGAGGAGCACACGGAGCGCCUGCGGGGCCAGCUCCGGAACGCGGGCCUCGCGGCCGCGGCGCCCAGGGCGAGGCCGUGGCGGCCCGUGAGCUGA